GAGAGAGAGGCCAAUAAUUCCCUGGGGUAUGUGGAAAACCAAUAAAGCCCUUAUUCGGGGCUUGUACCGCUCAUGAAGGCGCAGGGUGUCCUCUUGAGGAAGUCUUGAAGGCCUGGGCAGGAAAGUGAGCUUGGCAGGCUUCCACGAUCCGAAGAGCCGGCCAUGGAGAAUGAGAAGGAACCUCAACCUCCUGGGUUUUGGCACCAAAAAUAAGUAGGUGCUGACCGUGGGAAGUGAACCAGAGACAAGUGCAAAGGAGAUUCAGGAAACAUCUCUCGAGGCUUGAGGGACAUCUGGCACGUCCACUUCUGACCUUGGCUCCGGGUCCUUGAAGGGACCGAGAGCUCGUUAGCUCCAAGGAUGGGAGGCAGGACCACGUGUCUGCUCCCGGCUCUGUUUCUUCUUGUCAUCCCAGGCUCAUCUGCCAUCUCGGGUCCCAGAGCAGUGAGAGGUGUGGAGCAGGGCUCACUGACUGUGCGGUGUCGAUACGACCCUGGGUAUGAGCGCCACAUGAAGUGGUGGUGCCGGGGGGCUGCCUGGAACAACUGUCCCUUCAUUGUUAAAACCACUGGAUCAGAGAAGGAGGUGAAGAAGGACCGCAUGUCCAUCAGGGACAACCAGAAAGACCGCUCCUUCACCAUCACCAUGGAGGAGCUCAGGCUAGAUGAUACAGACACUUACUGGUGUGGGAUUGAGAGAACUGGAACUGACCUGGGGAACCCAGUAGAAGUGACCAUUGACCCAGCACCUACAGUGUUGAUCUCCACCCUCGCCACCUCCAAUGGCAACAUGUUCACGGCACCAGUUGCCCCAGAAGAGAAUCAAGGGCAACUGCCCCUGCUGGGCAGCGUCCACUUCCUGCUCCUGGUCUUCCUGAAGGUGCCCCUGCUCCUGGGCAUGCUCGGUGCUGUCCUCUGGGUCAACAGGCCUCUGAGGAGCUCUGGGGGGAAGCCCCAGAAAAACCAGUAGCCCCCAUGCUCUUCAAUAUUGUCCAGAGAUUAAAGACCCUCAAACAGAACAAAAGGGCAUUUUUCUCAGGCAAUGACAGUGGUCAGUGGCGACUGUGGUUCUCGAGGCAGCGUGGCCCCCUGCUUCAAGAAUCAGUCCCCUAGUCCCUGGAAACCUGCUGCUCUGAUGUUCCAGUCUGGCUCUAAUUUCGCCCUUCCCUGCACAGCCUCUGGCCUUCUUCAUCCUGAGGCCUCCAACACAGGAGAAACUACAGGAAGGAAUGGAAGAGCGGAUGCCUUCUUCUGGGCCCAGUUCCUUGGAGGACAUAUAUGAUCUCAAGUCUGUGCCACACACAAUGUAAUACACUUAUUUUUGCAUUGUGUGCGGGGCAGGGGUCAGCCAAUCGUGGGUUUGAGAUUCUCUGUGUGUGUGCUCGAUUGUGUCCGACUCUUUGUGACCCCAUGGACUGUAGCCCGCGAGGCUCCUCUCGCCAUGGGAUUUCCCAGACACGAAUACUGGAGUGGGUUGCCAUUUCCUCCUCCAGGGAAUCUUCCCGACACAGGUGUUGAUCCCGUGUCUCCUGCAUCUCCCGCAUUUGCAGGUGGACCACUGAGCCACCUGGGAAAUGCUAGACCCCAUGAAAGUAGAAAAAUGUGCAAAACGAUGAUAAUAUGCCAACUGCAUGUGAAGAUAUGAAAGUAUAAGUGGACAGAGGGACUUUGCUGGUGGUCCAGUGGGUAAGAAUCUGGCUUGCAAUGCAAGGGCUGUGGGUUCAAUCCCUGGUUGGGGAACCACGACUGUGCAGUGCAACAAAAGAUUCUGCAUGACUCAUGAAGAACCCGGGGGGAGGGUGGGGGGGCGAUGCGGCCAAAUAAAUAAAGAAAAUAUUUUCUUAAAGAGUGGUCAGAAGACUCUGGCAUCCCUGCCCUGAUGUAUUUUGUGUGUUUGAAAUGAGAUUCUAGUACCAGCGCCAUCCCCCACGUCCUGGACACACCUGAAGAUGAGAACGACCUCAUAGCCUCUCCUUGUCACCAUAAGUUCUCGCCCCAUUAAUAUCUCCAUUUUCUUCCCUGUCUUGAAUGUAUUCAGUCUGGCUGUGACUCUCACUUAGGGUCUGCGAGGAGAUCCUCCAUGCAUUUUGGGGACUGUGGAGUAAUCCAUCAGUCAGACGCUGGAGUUAGCACAGAUCUGCAGCUAUG